AUGAAACAGGAAAACAAAUCGAUCUACUUGAUUUCUGAACAAGAUUCAAAAAUCCACUCUUCAAGUACUUCAAGUUCUUCAAUUCCACACGUUUCAUUAAUUGAUGAAAAUGAUUCAAAAAGAAAAAGCAAAAAAAACAAAUCACUUUCAAAUGAUUUUGUUUGUAAAAAUAAAAAGGAUCGAUUUCAGGCUAAUAAAUAUUCUCAAUCUUCUACAUCUUCGUUGACUUCAUUAUCUACUGUAAAGAAGAAGGAAUAUGUUGAUACUAAAGGAAUUAAUUGCAUUCCAAUCAAGAUCGAGUCUUCAGAUGAUGAUGAUGUGAUAAUUGUAAAAGAAGAUCUUUAUGAGGACUCAAAGGCCGAUCUAAAAAUUAUUGAAAUUGAUGAGGAGUCAGAUGAUUCUGUUAGAUUAGGAGGGCGUAAAAGAUCUGCAGCCUCAAAAAGACGUAAACCAAAGAAGAUUUGGAAUUCUACUGAUAUUGAAUUAUUAUUUGAUGGUAUUGAAUUAUAUGGAUCUAAAUGGAAUAAAGUAGCGUCUCACGUUGGAAACGAUUUUAGAGGUAUUCAAUGCAAGAGACGUUGGAAAAGUAUUAAAAGGCAAUUUAUUAAGCAAUAA